AUGAUGACUGGAGGCUUGUCUCGGGCCAGAUCUGCCACACCAGAAAUCCAGGAGAUUGCUGACAAGGUCAGGUCACUGCUUGAAGAGAAAACCAAUGAGAAAUAUGAAAAGUUCAAAGUCGUCAAGUAUAAAUCUCAAGUCUUCCAAAGACGAAAUUACUUCAUUAAGAUGGAUGUUGGUGCUGGUUGUUUCCCCCACAUAAAGGUCUUCAGAAGGAUUUCUGGAGAAAAUGUUUUGGAACUUAGUGGUUACCCGACCCCCCCCAAAAAAAUAAAAACCCAAGAAUGA